AGCCUGCCUGUUGCGUAGACGAUAAGCAUGCGACGGCUAAAAGCGACAAGGACUCGCCGCCGGUUGGUGAUAUAAGUGGCGGGGAGACGCCCCGGCCGUGAAGACAAGGUAUAGGAAGAAGAGAGAAUACCACUGCGCCAACUAGUAGCAACUCAAGAGUCGAUUGAUUACGUUACGUGAAGUGCGUCGAUCGAUCCCUAGGAAGGAAGGAAGGAAGCAAGCAAGGAUAGGAUAGGAUGCAGGGCGAAGUGGAGCAGCAGGCGCCGAUGCAGAUGGUGCUGCGGGUGAAGCACCCGUCGUCGCUGUCCAGCGGCAGCGAGGAGGCGUCGGAGGGGGAGGGGUCGUCCAGGUCGGCGCUCUCCGUGUUCAAGGCCAAGGAGGAGCAGAUCGAGAGGAAGAAGAUGGAGGUCAGGGACAAGGUCUUCGCGCAGCUCGGCCGCGUCGAGGAGGAGUCCAAGCGCCUAGCAUUCAUACGACAGGAGCUGGAAGGGAUGGCCGAUCCUACGAGGAAGGAGGUGGAAUCAAUACAGCGGCGGAUCGACACCGUCAACCGCCAGCUCAAGCCUCUCAGCAAGAGCUGCGUCAAGAAGGAGAAAGAAUACAAGGAGAUUCUCGAGGCGUACAACGAGAAGAGCAAGGAGAAGGCCAUACUUGUCAACAGGCUAAUAGAGCUGGUGAGCGAAAGCGAGAGGAUGAGGAUGAAGAAGCUUGAAGAGCUCAACAAGACAGUCGAUUCACUCUAUUAGUUAGACGUAAUAAUAAUGUUAAUUACCACGCCCGAGAGCUUAAUUUCGCUGUGCAAUCUCCGUCCGUCCCAUGGAUUUGAAUGUAUGUGAUCUGUACGUGUCAGCUUGUAACUCACACCAUGUCGUGAGCGAUUCUUCUUUAAUUU